GCAGGGUUUUGGUCGGGGUUAAGAAAGUGAGGGAAAAAAGUAGAGUGGUAUGUGGGUUGCUGCGGCAACAAAACCAUUCAUCAAAUUCCAAUUCCACAGACACACUACUUCUCUUCCGCUUCUUCUGAUGGCAAACCAAGCUUCACUCUCCUUUUCUUCUUCCGUGUCUCCUGUUCACGCGCCUCUCAAGCGCGUGGGCACGCACAACGGAAGCUUUCAUUGCGACGAGGCCCUCGGCUGCUUCAUGAUUCGCCUCACGAACAAAUUCAACAGCGCCGAAAUCGUUCGCUCCCGAGACCCUCAGGUGUUGGAGGUUCUCGAUGCUGUUCUCGAUGUUGGGGGAGUGUAUGACCCUGCCCGAGAUCGGUAUGAUCAUCAUCAAAAGGGAUUUGAAGAAGUUUUUGGGCAUGGUUUUUCCACUAAAUUGAGUAGUGCUGGUCUUGUUUAUAAGCAUUUUGGAAAGGAGAUUAUAGCCAAAGAACUUGAGGUAGAUGAGGAACACCGAGAUGUGCAUCACAUAUAUUUGGCUGUUUACAAGAGCUUCAUGGAGGCAAUUGAUGCUAUAGACAAUGGGAUCAAUCAGUAUGAUACAGACCAGCCUCCAAGAUACGUGAAUAAUACUCAUUUAUCCUCAAGAGUAGGAAGGCUAAAUUUGGAUUGGACAGAUCCUGAUCAGUCACCUGAGAAAGAAAAUGAGGCCUUUCAACGUGCAAUGGCUCUUGCUGGCAGUGAGUUUCUGGAUAGUGUUCGAUUUCAUGUCAAUUCAUGGUUACCAGCAAGGUCAAUUGUAAUGGAGACCCUAGCGGCUAGACAUACUGUUGAUCCUAGUGGAGAAAUUCUAGUUUUGACUAAAUUUUGUCCUUGGAAGCUUCACUUAUUUGAGCUUGAGGGAGAGUUGAAAAAUGACCCUGCUGUCAAAUAUGUUCUAUAUCAGGAUGAAAGAAGCAAGCAUUGGCGAGUGCAGGCAGUUGCAGUAUCUCCUGACAGUUUUCAGAGCCGAAAGGCUCUACCCUCACAGUGGCGGGGGUUAAGGGAUGAAGAAUUGUCAAAGAAGUCUGGCAUUCCUGGAUGUGUUUUUGUGCAUAUCAGCGGAUUUAUUGGUGGAAACCAAAACUUUGAUGGUGCCUUGGCCAUGGCAAAGGCUGCUUUGAAGAUGUAGACGAGGAUCAUAUGAACCAAGGGCUAUCACUGAUUUUGCGCACUCAUUCACAGUACACUUUACUGAUUGCGUUGAAGAAUGCAUAUGAACCAUGGGGACUGGGAACAGUGGCUUAAAGAUGGUUCUAUAUCAAGUUCAUUAACUCAUUUGCUGAUAGGUGGUCUAUCUUAUCCAAAUUUUCUUUCAAUAGUUUAACCAAUGUAUUAGUUAAUGAAUUUCUUGUGUCUAUUAUGUUGAUAAUUGUCAUUGAUCUUAUUGUUAUAAGCAUCUUAUAACAAAGAAUUUCUUGUGUCUAUUUGGUUCACUUGAGAGAGCAUUAGAACUUCAGAAAAACGAUAAAUCAUUUCUAAAGGUAGUCCAAAUUGAUACCAUUUACUUGUUUUUCUA